UUCUUUUGUUUGCUUUAAGUAGUGGUGGAAGACCAGAGACUCAAAGGUGCUGUUUUUACAAAAACAGGAGCAACCUUGAGUAUUCAUUUGGGCCUCUUUUUUUACUGGAAGAACUUUGGGUUUUGGAAAUUCAGUUGAUCCAUAAGGUUUGGUUGCUGCUUUACAAGAUAAACCAAAUCCAAGUUCUGUUCUACAUUCUUCUGGUGCUAAAUACAAUCAAACAGUUGUUUGUUUUGGUUCAAUAUUACCAGUUUCUUGAUAGAGUAUGAACUCUCCAUCAACUGAACUCACCAGAAAGAUGGCAAUAUACGAGCAAUCCCACCAGGUAUGCCGGUGGGGAGACGUGUUUAACCGCGACAAUAGUCCGAAUACAGGAUCGUCCUCGAUCGUAGAGAUGAAUGUUGGGGUAGAGAACAAGGCCGGAUAUAUAUCUUGCGAUCAAGUUGAACCUUCAAGAAGUGAUCAAGAAACAAACAAGCCCGUUGAUAAGACACAGAGACGUCUGGCACAAAACCGAGAAGCUGCUCGUAAAAGUCGUAUUCGGAAGAAGGCCUAUGUUCGAGAAUUAGAAUCAAGUCGUUUGAAACUAGCUCAAUUGGAGCAAGAGCUUGAAAGAGCUAGGCAGCAGGGUAUAUACAUAAGCAGUGCACCAGAUUCCGGUUAUUUUGGGCUACCGGGAACCGCAAACCCAGGGAUUAGUGCAUUUGAGAUGGAAUAUGAACACUGGGUUGAAGUGCAAGAUAAACAGGUUUGUGAACUUAGAAAUGCACUUCAGGAACAGAUUACUGAUAUAGAGCUACAGAUACAGGUAGAAAGUGGCUUGAAUCACUACUGCAAUCUGUUCCGAAUGAAAGCAGAGGCUGCAAAGGCCAAUGUCUUUUAUUUGAACUCAGGCCUUUGGAGAACUUCGGCUGAGCAGUUUUUCCAUUGGAUCGGAGGAUUCAAGCCAUCAGAGCUUUUAAAUGUUGUCAUGUCACAUAUUGAGCCCUUGACCGAUCAACAACAAUUGGAGGUUUGUCACCUCAGACAAUCUUCUCAGCAAGCUGAAGAUGCCCUUUCACAAGGAAUAGAAAAACUCCAGCACAAUUUGGCUCAAAAUGUAGCAUCUGAUUUCAGCUGGGGAAACUACAGAGCUCAGAUGGCUGUUGCAACAGAUGUAUUAGAAGCACUUGAGGGCUUUGUAAACCAGGCGGAUCACCUUCGGGAACAGACAUUGCUACAGAUGGUUCGAGUGCUGACAACCCAUCAAACAGCUCGAGCGUUACUUGCCUUAGGGGAAUACUUUCAUCGUCUACGUGCUCUCAGUUCACUCUGGGCUGCCCGUCUACGUUAACCACCAAUAGAUAUAUAGGCUGUAGGAUCACCACUAAUUUGUUCCUCAACUGGUAACCAAAUAGACAUUUUCCUGUAUGACUUCAGUAUGCUAUAAUAUAUAUAUAAUAUAAUAUAAUAUAAUAUAAUAUAAUGUUUUGAUUCUUGAGCUUAAAACAUGUAAAUAUGAAUAAUUUUAUAAGGUGUAUCGAGAAUUUCAUGACAUUAAAUUUACUGAUGUUGUAUGAUGGUACUGUAUUGUUCA